CUAGUUCUCCAGUGACGCGCCUUAGUCUAUGCGUAAAUUUAGCCCUCCUCCACAGAUCUGAGGUCUGGUUUCGACGAGCGGCCCCCGCGGUUACUCCGCAGCGGCCGCGAGUCGUGGCGUCGCCGCGAGCGAGCGGCGCGCGAUGGAGCCGAGCGCGUUGAUUCGGCAGCUGCGGCAGCAGAAGGAGGCGCUGGAGACAGCGCAUGUGAAGACAGACCUGGCGCGGCUGCAGGCGGCGCAGCAGCGCAGUGCGAGCCCCUCCGGCAAGGCAGCACAGGAGGCGCGCAGGGGGAAGGAGGAGCGGGACGAGGAGCCAUCGCGGGGACAGGUGCACGCUGGUGACCACGAUGGAGACGCGCUGGUGCUGCUGCUGCAGCCGGGCGGGUUGGGGCAACGGCAGCAAGAGCGGGAUAAGCAGGAAGAGAAGGAUAAACAGCAGACUGAGCAUGGGGAGCAAGGCGAGCAUGGGCGGAAGCAAGGCGAGCACGCUGCAGCAUCCCCUGCUCCCUCCGUGUCCACACCCCAGCUGUGCCGGCCGCCACGCGCACAGCAGCGGUACAGGCAGACAGAGAGCGAGGGGCAGGACGAGCGGCAGGAGAGCGCGCAGUCAGCGCAGCAACAGCACUCGCUGCCACCACUCACGCCGCUGGCCUCAGCUGCGCCGGUAGUGCUGCUGCCAAAGGAAUGGGCGCCGCAGGAGCAGCAGCAGCUCGAGCAGCGGCAACGCGACAUUCAGCAGCAGGCGCAAGACCUGCAGCCGCACAAGAAGCAGGAACAGCAGAAGAAUGAGCUGGGGCAAGAUGACAUGCAGCAGAAUUGGCAGCAGCAGCAGCAGAUUCCGCUGCAGCGACAGGAGCAUCAGCAGCAACAGAAGCAGCAGCAGCAGCAGCAGCAGCAGCAGCAGCAGCAGCAGCAGCAGCAGCAGCAGCAGCAGCAGCAGCAGCAGCAGGAGCAGCGGCAGCAGGAGCAGACUAUACUGCAGCCACAGCAGGAUCAGCAUCACCAUCAGCAGCAGGCGGAGCACCAACAGCAGCAACAGCAGCAUAUUCACCUGCAGCAGAACCAGCAGCAGCAGCAGGCGGAGCACCAACAGAUGCAGCUACAGCAGCAGAACCAACAGCAGACCUACCAGCAGCGGCGAACACAGCAGCAGCAUGUGCAUGCACGAGUACCACCUUAUUCCUGGAACCAGCACCAAUAUGCUCAUCCGCACAACAUGCAUCAGCAGCAGCAGCAGCAGCAGCAUCAUUAUCAGCAGCAUCCCGCACAACAGUUUGGUGGCAGGGGCGCAAUGGGGCCGCCCUUUUGUGGGGGCAUGCAGGGCAUGACAAAUGGCGUGUACAGUACAGUACCAAGCCACGGGUCUGUGGGCCAUGGACCUUAUACCGCCGCUGCUGGUGGUGCUGUGGGUGGCAGUGGCACGCAUUGGCUGGAUGCAGAGAUCCACGCGGUGAAGGAGCAGGUGUUUGGCAUCUCGGGGCCCUUCAACCCACACCAGCUGGAGAUCAUCCGAGCGCUGCUGGCGCGCCCGCCCAGCAACGUGCUGGCGGUGCUGCCGGCAGGCAGCGGCAAGAGCCUGUGCUUCCAGCUCGCCGCUGUGCUGCUGGGGGGCGCCACCCUCGUCGUCAGCCCCUUCCGCGCCCUCAUCCGUAACCAGGUACAGACCCUGCGGCACCUGCCCUUCAAUGUGGGGCUGGUGCUGGGCCAUCCCUCCACGGCUGACAAGCGCUACCGCCAGCAGGUCUUUGCAGCGCUCACAGGCCAUGCGCCCCUCACCUUGUCGGGCCAAACGCCUGUACACACCGCAGGCCAGGCAGGGGUGGGCGGCGGUGGUGGCAAGGAGCACCUGUGCGUGUACGUGACGCCUGAGGCGCUGGAGAAGUGCGGCGACCUCAAGGCGGCGCUGAGGGCAUGCUACCAGCGGGGCAUGCUGCGACUCAUUGUGGUGGAUGAGGCGCACCACUGCAACGGCAGCGACCCCUUCCGCCCGUUCCUCAAGAUAGUGGGCGACCACCUGCGCGACUGCUUCCCGGGCGUGCCCAUCUUCGCCAUCACCGCGACAGCGAACGUGGCGGCACAGCAGGAGCUGAGGGCGCGGCUGCAGCUGCAUGCGAGCAACACGCUCACCUUCAUCUCCUCCACCCGCCUGCCGCACAUCCACUACGAGGUGCGGGAGAAGCGCAAGAGUGUGGUGGAGGACAUAGUGGCGUUCAUCCAGGCCACGUACCCGGGGCAGACGGGCCUCGUGUACUGCUGGAAGCGCGAGGAGACGGACGAGGUGGCGCGGCAGCUGCGCAUGGCGGGCGUGACGGCGCUGGCAUACAGCGCUGGGCUGGGCGUGGUGGAGAGGGACCGCCACCAGGACAGGUGGCGAAAGAAGGAAGUGCAAGUGCUUGCAGCAACGAAUGCGUUCGGGGCGGGAAUCCAUCAGAAUGAUGGUCAGUGCCCCCUCCUGCUCCCACCCUCCUUCCCACCCUCACCCACCUUCCCUGCACCUACCUUCCCCCCACCCACCUUCUCCCCCCUCACCUUCCCCCUCCCACCUUCCCUCCUCUGUCUCGCAAAUGCUCUCAAGCGUACGAUGUUUUUGUACAGUCCAGGGUAGGGGUUGUGUUGGUGAGAGGAGGGAGACGGGGAAGGCUACCUGCGGCAGAAGAAGGUGAUGGAGCAGUGCGGCACACAGUGCCCCUUGCGUGCUGGGCUGCAUACGUCGCGCUGAGUCGCUAAGCGUGCUUCUCACGGUGCCACAGCGCGUGCCACAUCAGGCUACGACGGGGGUGCCUAGGACCCGUAGACCCUCUUUUCCAUCAGCAUUGAUGGAUGGGUGUAUUGCUCGCUAAUUCCAUAUAUUCUGACAUAUGGAAGGUGUUUUC